GUUUUCGUCAAGAUGCAAGAUGGCGACGUCCAUGGCUCAUAGUAAAGUUACGUUUUGUAAAGAGCAGUUAUCUGCUGCGUUUGGCAAGAGCAGCGUUGUUGUCAAAUUUGUAGCUGUUACCGUAACUGUUGGCUAUCUCCUCACAUUUAUUUCAUCGGCCAUACCCUACAUUACGAUCACCCCUGGCUAUGUCAUUCCUCCUAACGGGAGAUUCUACUCUCUGUUCACUUACGCCUUCGUCGAACUUCAUUUUUGGGAUGUUUUAGUAGACAUUGCAGUGGUUAUAUUGUGCGGAAAAUUACUGGAACCAUUAUGGGGAGCUCUGGACAUGUUAUUAUUCUUCACGGUUGUCAAUAUUUGUGUGGGACUGUUGACAUCUUUUUGUUAUCUAUUCCAAUAUCUUCUAACUAAAAAUGAUGAAUAUUUAUUUGAAACACAUAUUUACGGACUCGCUGGAUUCAUUGCCGCGUUUUCUGUGGCCGUUAAACAAGUGAUGCCUGACCAUAUUUUGUUCACUUCACCGUUCGGAAAGCUGCGAAACACUCACAUACCUUUGUUGUUGUUAUUGACUGCCAUUACGUUACGCUUAGUUGGUUUACUCGAUGGACCAUAUCCAUAUCUGUUUGGUUGGGGUAUAAUGGUUAGCUGGAUAUAUCUUAGAUUUUAUCAGAAACACAGUAAUGGUAACCGAGGAGAUAUGGCGGACAAUUUUAGUUUUGCAAGUUUCUUUCCAAGUCAGUUACAACCAUUUAUAGCUGUUUUAUCCAAUACAGUCUUUAUGGCUUUUGUAAAGAUUAAGAUUUGUAAGAAACCUCAGCGUAGAUAUGACGUCAGUUCACCAACAACUAUCACUAUAAGUUUACCUGGUACUGACCCACAAGAUGCUGAGAGGCGAAGGCAAGUGGCAUUAAAAGCUUUGAAUGAAAGACUUUGUAAAUCUGAAACACCAGCAAAAUGGCCGUCCUUGGUUGAUGAGUCUGGUAAUAAAUCACCCGGGUCGAGUCCAGAAAGAGAGUUAUCUGACCCUCCUCCAGCAGUCCAUAAAAAGAAAAUACCAGUUCCUGAAUUUAAAGAAAUGAAAUCAUCCGUAGAAGAUGUGUGAUGAUUAUGGGGCUAUGAAUGAAACCAGGGUUUCUAUUUCUACAUUGUAAAACUUGUACAUUUAGUAGACAUAUUUAAAUUUGAGAACAACAACACACAUAUACUUUUGUCCCCUGCAGAAUCAGAAAUAUGCAUCCUGGAAUUAAAUUCUCUACUCGACGUGUCUAGUGUGUUGCUGGGAAUUAUAAUUUGGGAUUAUUUUUAAAAACGAAUUGCUUCCUUUUCGCCUCCCCAUGGUAUCACUGAGAACCACGCUGAUCUGCACUUUUCCAGGCAUUCUUCCACUCACUACUAUAACUAUAGUAAGACGGUUUUUCGUCGCAGUCUUGGAAUUAAUUUAAUUCUUUAAAUGACAUCUAGCAGUACCGUUAACUAUUCAACACACAACACAAGGUACAUAUAUAUAUAUAUAUAACUACUUCUCUAUUAUUUAAUAUCAACAGUUUAUAAAAAAUAUACAGGUAAGAUUUCAAGAUAACAACAGAUAAGUAGUUAUAUCUAUAUAUACUUUGUGUUUUGUUUCACUGUGAAUGGUCUAGAUUAAGUUUUGUCCUUACCUCCAGAUUCAAAUUUUUACUGUAGAGAGCUGUCUCAUGUCUAAAUAAAUAAACUAAGGCCUGAUCAAAUCAAAGAGGUCUUAUAUUGUUUUAAUUAUGUUAGUUGUAUGAAAAUAUAUAUUUUAUAGCAUCUCAAUUCAUAAAUUACUAGCAUGUUAAAUUAAUAUGAAAUGAAAUCGAGUUUAAAAUCCUACUUUUUUUACCUAUUCUUUGUGUAAUUAAAACUGCCAAGGGUUCUUUUACAUAGAGUACACAGGUUUUUGGUCCCUUCCGGAUGACUGAAUGCUAAUUAAGUCAUAUUGACCAAGUUCCUGGACUUGACCAGUAUAAAUAUGUGAAAUAGAAGCCAUGAAGUAAAGCUGUGUAAUAUUUUGUAUAUUGGUGUGUAUAUAUAUAUGGUUAUACUAUGAUAAUUACAUAGAAUAUCAUGUAAAACAUGUUAUAUCUCAUUAUUAAGUUUAUAUAUUAACAUAUUCUAUUUACAACAUUCUAUAUAUUAUAUAUAUUUAAUUGUAUUCAAAUUUUCAUCCCUGGAAAUUUAAAGGCCUGCUGAUGUCGACAACCUAAGUUCUUAACAGCUACAUGUACAAUGUACAACAUGUCUAGCAAAAAACUCAUUGCAGACUGUAGAGAGUCUCGUCAUCGAGGUUUCGCUGGCUAUUUCCAUCCCCGUCAUGGUGACAUGUUGUUUAUUAAACAAUCUCUGUUACAGAAGUGUGCAUUUUGAAAUAGACGUAUAAACUUCAAUGGUUUGAUAGUGAUGAAUUGUUUGUCAGUAGUAAGGUUGCAACGAUACUAAAACAAUUUAUCGUGAUAUCUCACAUUAUUGUUAAAAUAAAUUAUUGGAUUAUCGCGAAAACGCAAUAUUUGUUAUUUUAGAUGAUAAUUUCAUAGGUUGACCUGAUUAUCGCGACAUAUAACCAUCUGCACGAUAUCGCGGCAACAAUAGUUAGUGCAAAUGGCCGACAAAACUUUGUGGACAAUCUUUGAUACCAUUUCAUGUAUUUACCAUAGAUCAAGGAUUAUCUGUUGGCUGAUACAAAAUAAACUUGAUGUGUACAAGGCUUGAAUAUUUUGUUGACUCGUAAUUUUUGUGUGUGGUCUGAAACUGCCUGCUUAAAUACUGAUAAGAGUUAUGCCCCUUUAUUUUCAGUAAAAAUGUCUGAGAAAGUAAAUUCUGAAACCCCAACACUUGUGCUAAAUGUGAUAUGGCUGUUCCGUUUGCAAGCCUUAACAUUAUGUAUCCUAUUGUUUAAUGACAUUUUUAAGGUUUUAUCAUUUUGUCUCCAUCUCCGAUUUACAGAUGCGACCAUACAUUUAUAUUUUGUUUUGAAUUAGAAACAAAUAAGGCCAAUAUCAGAGAUAAAAGAAUCAGUUUGGGUGUGGGUGGUCUAACCAUGUAUUUUAAAUUAAAAGGUCUGUCAUAGAUGUAGGUCUGUUUUGAUCUCGGCAGUCUGUUGACAGGAAGUCACGUCUCUCUCUCUCAAUUAUAUAAAAUAUAAUUAAACGUACGUCAAUCCAAAUAUAUUUUCAACAUGUCAUCUCUGUAAGAUAUAUUGAAAUAGAUAUUUAUGUUUUUUUAGUGAUGUUAUAUGUUUUGUAAAAAUAAUGCCGUGGGUUACUGUUAUAUUUUGAACAUUUUGAACAGUCAGAUGUUAGGCUAGACCAAAUGGAUUUUCUGUUGUUCGGAAACACCUGUUAAAAUCUUGCUUCUUAUUUCUUCAAAAAUGAAAUUUGGGUUUAACGUCCUACUGUUCUACUCUGACUGGGCUAAUGAAGACGGGCAUACGCCAUACAGUGAGCUAUGGGAGAAAUUUUGCCCGGGCAGCGGCACUAUGGCCUACUCUUACAUUGAAUUCCAACUGCCAAGGGGUCUUUUACGUGCACGUCCAUGUAUACAAUAGACUUUGGUUUUUUCGUUCCAUCCAAAUAAAUAGACAGCUGUCCUUGUCAGGCCCUCCGUUCUGCUCGACUGACAAGACGAAACCACGUUGGAAAAUCAUGAUGAACUUUCUCGGCCAAUGCAGGGAUCGAACACGUGACCUCCAGGCUAGCGAGUCAGCGUCUUACCCACUUAGCCACUGUGGUUCCCCUCUUUUAUUUCUUCAGGAAAAGGGGGAUGGGGUUGGAUGGCCGAAUGGUUAGCAUGCGCACGCUGUAUCAUAAAGUCUGUCAUUGAGUCAACUGGCGUGGUUUCGAUUCCCCGGUUGUACGUGACAAGGAGUAGGGUUGCCUGUCCCACCUCGUCAGUUUUCUCCGGGUCCCUCCCAUUGCUAAAGAUCCCUACGCGCGAGCGGAUUGUUGAAAUAAAAUUGAACCAUAUGUUAGUCCCAAAAUGACCUAGUUUGUAUCGAGUGGACAUUAAACCCCCAUUUCUCUCUCUCUCUCUCUCUUUUCUGGAAAGGGACUAAUUAAACAACCAAAAGUACUUGGCAGUGUGGUUCAAAGACUUUUAGUUCCAAAUUCUUAAGUUUUGAAAUUUUAUAUGGUGGCUUUUUAUUUAUUGAGACCCCAAACAACUGAAAAUCAAACUGGUGUCACCUUACUAGUUGUAAAUAUUGGAAUGGGUUGUUGAUAUUACGUAUUAUUGAUGGGAUUUUGUCGUCAAAUGUUUCUGUUGUUUUGUUUUAGAUGUAAAUUAUGGAAUUUUCACGAGGAAUUAGUGUUAAGCCUUGUGUCUUUAAAUCGCUGAUCGUGUUAAGCCUUGUGUCUUUAAAUCGCUGAUCGUCAUAAAAUUUCCACUUUUCAGACAAUAUCUAAUUUUCAUGGUUUAAUCGAUGACGCUGAAAUCUACUCAAAUUUAUUAUUUAAACAUACAUUAUGCAAGAGCUAAAUCUGCCUAUUGCAGGUCUUUCUUUAGGUUUCAGAUGUUAUAGAAAUUAUUAAUUAGAUCUUUAUUUACAUGACAAGCUCAAAAUCAACUCCGUAGACCCACGGAUGGCUUGGAUACAGCUUGGAUUUAAACAGUCGUCCAUUUAAAAUUAAAUCAAGAAAUGUCCAACCAAGCUAACUUUUACCGUUAGUCACUGACGUCACCAGCGGAAACUGGUUUUGAAAGGCCUACCAAGCAGGCUACCAUAGCCAUUGAGAAUGUUACUUGAUAAUCCAGAAUAUGUGGGUGGAGUUAUCGUCUGUUAAUCAAACGAUCAGUAAUUCUCGUAGAUGGUACGGAUACAGUUGAUGCCUAUUUCUAGUCCAAACUUCUAAACUUCAGAACAAAGUAACAGGACUGAAAUUUUCAAUAUUUUCUUUUUUUAUCAUCUAAUUUGGAAUUAUUAUACAUGUAGCAAGAAUGGUCAACUCUUGUUAAACUCUUAACUAAUGUAUCUUUAAUUAAUAAAACAGGCUAAAGACAGAUAAUCUUUUGGUUUGAAUUCAAUCAGAUUAAACAAGGCAGAUUUCUGCAAAAAUCGUAGGGUUUGUUCUUUAUCCAAUAUAUUGCCUGAACUGUGUGACGAAUGGUGACAAAACUUCAGGUCGUCCUAUCUUUGUAGAUGCUGAAUGGAAUUGAACCAUUUGUGGGAUUAUAUUUCACAAUAUUGUAGUUUGCAUGUGAUUCAAAAUCUCCCAAUCUCAUUAAAACACAGAUCUUAUUUAGUUUCGCGUUUUAUAGUUCAAACUUUCGUUUUACUUGUCUUUACUACACUAGGAUCUGGAAGAGUUGUUAUAUAACCCGCGUUCUGGAUGGCGUGAGUGAUUAGCCAAUGAAACCAUCUGUUACGACGACUUAUUGGCGUGGGAUGCAUGGAAUUGUGGGUAAACCACUAGAAACACCAAUGCUGAUUGAUUAAUCAAUGUCUGAGGUCAUACGGUCAAAAGCCAUACGUACGACCUCUGAUGCAACCUUCCACUACAACCGAUCAGAUCUUCAUGUAGUGUAGGCCAUGGAAAGUAUAAAAAAACGAAAUGAAAUAUAGAUGUGUAUUUUAAUCAGAUUGAGAAUCUGACGAUCAGCGGGUUUAAAAUAGAAUAUAAUAAAUUAUUAUUUUGUAAACGUGUGUUUUAUGUAUAUUUGGUUUGAAGUGAAGUAUGUUAUAUGCUCAAUCUAUCAACUAUCUAUUCUUUUCAUUAAUUAUAUAAAAUAUUUAUAGAGGAUAUCAUCAGUCAUUCUGUCUAUUUAUCAUUGUUAGUAAGGGUUUAUAUAUAAUUGUAAACUUACUUGGAACGCUUUAGUUCGAACACCUGAUAUCUUUGUUAGGGUUUUUAUAUAAUUCAACUCGUACUGUUAACUCUUUAGUUCGAAGUCCCAUUCGAACACAUGAUAUUAUUGUUAGUUACGGUUUAUAUAUAAUUCAACUUCAGAUCGACUGUAAACUUACUAGGCCGUGUUCUAGGAACGCUUUAGUUCAAAGUUCCACUAGAACAUCUGAUACCACUUGACUAACAGUUUUUUUAUUUCAGUAAUUUAAAAUUCUUUUAUUUUUAAUCACAUGAAAUUCAUUGCUUUAAGUAUAUUGACAUUGUUCUGAAAUUAAAUGAGGGUAAAUUGUAGUUCUUAGACCAUGGCUGGUUGCACAGAACACUUACAGUACUCAAGAAAGACCAAAUUAGUCUUUAAUUAUUUAGGGUCAAGUGAACAAUUUUUUAUGUUAUAAAUUCCAGAAUUUAGAAUCUGUGUGUGAUUUGUAUAUUUUUUUAAAAAUAUUCAAUUUCCCACAACUGAGUACUAAAAUUUCCUCAAAUUAAAUAUUUAAGUAGGAAAACAAAAGCAAAAUAUCAUUGGUAGAUAUUGUCCUGGCUUGGAUUUAAUCGAAUAAAAAGUGUUCAGCAAAAAUUAUAGGAGGCGCUGGCUUGUGUUGAAUAGAUCCUACUGCAUCUGCCGAAUGAUUUGACCAAAUCAAACAUGUUUGAUAUAUUCGAACAAAUUAUAUUUGCCUACUCACCCGAAUGUAGAAUUCAUUACCCAAUCACGACUGAUAUCAAGAAGUCAUGUGAUUGUUUGAAGACAUGGUCGCUGCCAUGAUUAAUCAUGUAACGUGAAAGUUGAUGCAAUCAACUGGCGAAUCGGACAAAGGAUUCGCUUUGUACGUCCACACAUUCUGCUAAUGUGUCUUAAACUGUUGAAUCGGCCUUGUGCGUCCACACAUACGGCUAAUGUGUCUAACGCUUAAUUUUGACAAACUUUCAAUUCAUCCUACCUUAUUAAAUACUGAAUGGAAUUGAAUGAGUUUCAACAUCGUAGUUGGUAAAGGAUUAAACAUCCUCCAGAUGUUUUAUUUUGAGAGAACUGAAUGUAAUUUAGGAUGCCAUGUCUAUCUGAUUAAAGACAUGUAGAUAUUUUUGUCUUACGUAUUUCUAUUGAUAACUAUAAUUUAUUCAAAUAUAAAGAAGAUAAGAAUUGUCUUCGAGAGUUUUGUUAUAAAACUAUGACUAAAUAAAUACUAAUCUGUAUCAGAUUCUCCAACACGGCAUUCAGUAAUUGAAUAUAUUAAACAUACUUUAUACAAGAGCUAAGUUUGCCUAUUGCAGGUCUUUCUUUAGGCCUGAAAUGUUAUAUAAACUAUUUAUUAGACAUUUAUUAACAUGCCAAGACCAUAAUCAACUCUCGAUGCCAUCAGAUAGCUCCGAUUUAAAGUAGGUUAGAAUGGUUCGGCCAUUUAAUGAUUUAAUUUAACCAGGGAGAAGCAAGGUUAAGACUCAAAUGACCAGUUCAAUCUUGUCAAAACUACAAUCAUUUGUAACUUUGCUCAGGAUUAAGUAAUUUGAAUGAAUUUUUGAAAUAACUAACAAGAACGACCAGCUAUUUAUGUAAAUCUUACAAAAGACCCCUUUAAAAUAAACACAACAGUUCUAUAAAAACAAUUACUGUAUUUUUAAUCCAAGCUACUGCUACAAUGAUCGUCUUGUCGAUUUCAAGCUCAAUUGGUUUCCCUAGAACUGUUUUAUCUUAUAUUUAGUGACGAUUGAUUUAUCAUUGGUGAGUUUAUAUGUGGUAUAUUAGUGUAUUAAAAUCCUGUUCACAGUCUAUAAAGCAUAAUGAUGUCAUGUAACACAGAAAUGAGGCUAACUUUAAUAAAACUUAUUCUAUACUGGU